UCUAUUUUUCAUUUUAGUUUCAUUGAAUUCAGUGGCACACAUAGUUGUGUCUUCUCAAUCAUUAGAAUGUUGUGCUAUGUUCCAUUUUCGAUUGUUUGUUUAUUGCUAAUACUCAACAAAUGUGUCAGCGAUGAACAUAUUUAUGGAAAGAAAAAAGGACUGGACUUUUACACAAACAAAGUAUUAAACGCAACUCAAGCGAUUCCGAAAAACUACACGAUUUUAUUUGAGUAUGUCGGCAGUGCAACUAGUCCACUAGUUGACUAUUGCAAGAUAACUACCAAUGUAAAUAGCACAGCAAAUUUCACUUUAGUCGAAAGGGAAAAGAAAAUCGUUAAAGCGACAAUACACAUCCCAAAUGCAAUGAAUGUUACGGCAUCUAUUGAAUUAUCAGGCGAUGCUGCAGAAUUUCAACAUUCUCUUCAGUUUUCGAAAGUGUUCCCCGAACAUGCGUCAAAAAAUGCUGAGAGUAGAAGUCUAGCAAUGGUCUUUGUAAAAAAUGCUGUGCCAUCCGUGGAAGCGAAGCAAUAUUCGCAAAAUGCAAUCGGUGUUCGACAGUAUGGUGACGAGUUACUUUACUUUGAGAGUCGAAAUGUAACAAAUGUCAGUCGGUUUCCAAGCCGAUCUUUCGAAUAUGUUGAAGACGACAAGACUCACAUAACUUAUGUGGGAUUUUCGUUCAAUUCACCAACAGCAAUAGCAUUUAUUAACUCGACAUUCAUACUAAAACAAGAACUUAGUGCAAUUGCUUAUGAUAUGAAUACCGAACACUUUAUGGCUAAUGUUUCCAUUUAUGGAUUUAGAAACUUCGGACUUGAGACAACGUACAAGGAAAUUAUCGAAUCGAAGGAAAUAUGUUGUUGGUGCAAUUAUUACAAAAAAUAUCCAACUUCGUGUGGUGCACGAACAUCAUUUGAUUGAAAGUAUGCGUAAGACUUUGGAUCAUCUUUUACUAUCUAGUGAAGGCUAAUCACCUGUUUGCAAAACAACAUA